AUGAGCGAGGAACAUGUACAGUUUCCUCUGGUGAUCCAACAACGCAAAACGGAGUCCAUUUCUACAUUCCCAAAUGGUUCGGGGGACCAUCCUCCACUGGCGCCCAACGGCGUAAACAUACAGACCCCCACCGGAUCGCAGACGCCGACGUCAACCGAAAUCAAUGGAUUGGAGGAUCGGCCAAUUAUCAACGGCACCGCGGCUGCUCUGGUGAUUGACGGAGAAAACGGGAUCGUGAUUUCUGCACCUGCCCCCGCAGGACCUCCGCCGCCCUACAGCGAAGAACCCCGUCGCUCACGACGCCCCACGCUCGUAUCUGCACAUUCGGAUGAUGAUGAGGAUGAUGAGGAUGAUGGUGACCGCGAUGAUGCAGAGGAAGAACACCGCUUCUCCACAAUCGCCCGAGACGACGCUCGCGGGCUGCAUCUACUGGGUACUACUUUGCUUAUCACGUUGCCGUUUGGUGUUGUGUUCUGGUUCUUGACCUUGUUUCUCUCGAGGUCGUUUGCUCGAGCCGAGCUCCAUCUGCAGUCCAAAUUUCAUCGGCCACUUCGCGUCGCUCCCGCCGACCCUCCCAGACCCAUCUUCUAUCGGUCGCGCCCUCCGGAAGACAUUGAACGGGCAUUGACCGAACCGGGCACCGAAGUCGAUGUAGAUCCAACGACUGAAACAUCGUUUCUGAAGAAUUCAUACUCUAUGUUUACGGACCCUUCGUCGUUUCAACCACUCUUCUACUUCCUAGUCAUCAAGGCAAGCAUCACACUUGUUGUCACGCCACUUGUAUUGGCACUCGCGCCUGUCUGUAUUAUUCUCGUUCUGCCGGCCCCCGCGAUGCUUCGUAUCGUUCGUCGAAUCGGUGCAUGGCAGGCGAACUUGGCGAUCGAGGCACUUUCAUGA